AUGACUGGGACUUCUGGCAAACCCAUGAACGAAUAUCCUGGAUUCGGACUACCUCUUUGCAAUUGGGAAUGGACCAACUACGGCUUCUAUCCGAUCGGCUCCCACCACAAUGCCUAUGGAAGCGAAUCAGAGAUCAUCCCUGUGCGAGAGCUUGCCGUGAUGGAUGUUUUGGAAAAACUCACCGACAAGCCCGACUGGCAUCAGAAGGUCUUUGAUGAUGAAAUCGUUGCCAAGUGGCGUAAUGAGGCCCUCGCCAUUCCUGACCAACACUUUUGGCACCUGGCUACCGCUGCGAAGAGCCAAUAUUGGACCCACGACGAUGACCGGCUCGAUCUUCAUGACGACAGGCAGUCUUGCAUACUCGAGAAUAUCUUGGAUGAAGGUACAUUCGAUACCUGUGUUCAAGAGCUUCGCAGCAAAGCCAAAUAUUUCGAACAAUCGGGCAUCAUACCUUCUCUCGACGCAAGCGCUUCCGUAGCCAAGUCUGACACGCUCGUUACAAGCGAGCUACACGCCAAGCUUCGCAAAGCUUUUGAUCAGCUCAAGUCGGACCACGCUGCAUCUCCUGAUUGGCAUCCCAACUCGAAUAGUAUGGUGCAGGAUCUGGUACACCCAUCUAUGUACCCAUUGGUAUAUGGGCGCAGUUCUGGCUUUCGUGAGGAGCAGGUUGGUGUGACGGACGCUGUAGAGCGCUGGGCUGGCAAGGGCGAGGUCGUCCCCCAGCAGGGGCUCGAAACGACUACAGCGCAAAACCGACAUGAUUAUAGCGUUGGAGGCAGCAGCAUCCCGCCGGAGUACUGGUCCAAUCAAUACCAAUGGUUGCCGGCCAAUGUGGCUUUCCAGGAUGAUGGGUCUGUCAAGUUUACCAGCUACAUCAACAAUCUUCACCCUACGAGAUAUCCCGACAUAUAUCGUACCAUCGAAAAGCUGGUCGAAACAUCCAUACCCAUGUGGGAUCAGUGUUUGCGGUUUGCAGUCGGCUAUCACAAGUUUGAAGGGGCCGGUCGUAUGGAAACUCGCACCGGUAAACCCGAGAAUCCUGAUGACGAGAACGAAGAGAAUUGGACGCCCAAUAAAGAAGAGUGUGGUGAUGUGGAAGCCAGCGAAGAAGACCUGGAGGAAGAAGGGUACGAUGAUUACUACGACAACGAUGAGGAUCGCCAAGAAGGGUUGCUGGAGGCCAAGUGGAAGAUCGUCCGCAAACCUCGUAUCAUGCCAAUUCCCUUCAACGACGUAUCCUACGCACCGCAACCAGGCAAGCGUCUUGCUGAUAGAUUUCGCGAUACGGGACUUCAGAUCAUUGUCAAGAUGGCCUCGAUUGAACUCACGCCCGAGAAGCCGGACUUUCCUGUGGGUGGAUGGCACAUCGAGGGGCAGAUGAACGAAAACAUCUGCGCAACUGCCCUGUACUACCUGGACAGUGAUAACAUCACUGAUAACAGCCUCGCAUUCCGCAUGCAGACGUCUGCUUACCUACACGAUGACGAGGGUUUCGACGUUGGACAAGACUGUUAUCACUGGAUGGAGCACGUGUACGGCACUGGCUUUGGUCUCAUCGAUCCUACAAAGCCCGGCCAUCGUCGCUUUAUUGCACUUUGGCUUGUCGAUCCGACGAAGCGCAUCAUCUCUACGGCGAAUAUUCCGCCUCAACAAAUGGACUGGUACGUCGACUCGCUACUUGGACCAAGCGACAAGAUGCGCCAAGAAGCGUUGUCGAAGCUCCCCCCAGACCUCAUCAAUCUGCUAGCCGAGAAGGGACUCGCAAGUCCUUCUGUCACUACGGAAGGUCGACUGCCUGAAGAGCUCAUGGCCUACGUGCGCGAAUACUUCGAAGAAGCCAAGCACUCCCUUCCUAUGGGUUUUCAAGAGGCAAGUGAGCAUCGCAAAAAGCUUAUGCAAGAAAGGGGCGCGUUUGUCCAGACCGCAGAGAAAGGAUGGCAGAGGGCGACUUACAGCUUCUGUGAGCAUUGA